UGUGCCAACCAGCCAGUGUAUGGGCGGACCGGUCAGUCAGCUGAUGACUGAAGUACUCCUCACAAUCUCUGUCCUCAAUACAUGGAUUUCGUCACACGGAUGAUUUUAUAGGCAAUAACGCACAAUGUGGAAAAUCUCAUACAAGUGCAGGAGGAAGACUCGCCGCUGUGUGGGAUUUCACUCAGGAAUGCGUCCUGUGUGCGCACCUGGAGCCGCCGGAGACAUGCAGAGUCACCACGUUUUCUCCCGUUUCCACUCUGCUUUAUGAUACGGAGCCGCUGUUAUCCUGGGAUGGGGAGACUCGCAUGGAGCUGCUGUGCCGCGGCGCUGCUGGCCAUCAUUAGCUCAUGUCGGGCAGUCACUCUGGAGUCCAUCCAGUGGAGCAGCUCCAAUGCAAAAUUUAUUCCAGGUCAGGGUCUGGUCCUGUAUCCUCAGAUCGGGGACAAGAUGGAUAUCGUGUGUCCCCGGGCAGAUGCUUCCUCCGGGGGGGAAGAGGAGUUUUACCGAGUGUACCUUGUCUCCAGAAGUCAGAUAGAGAGCUGCACCAUCCACAAGACGGACACGCCCCUGCUGAACUGUGACAAACCUCACCAGGAUGUAAAGUUCACCUUCAAGUUUCAGGAGUUCAGCCCCAACCUGUGGGGCCUGGAGUUCCUGAAGGGGAAGGACUACUACAUCACCUCCACCUCUGCAGGGUCUCUGCAGGGACUGGAUAACACUAAUGGAGGGGUGUGUAAAACCAAAUCCAUGAAGCUGGUGCUGAGGGUUGGCCAAAGCUCUUCAGAUCCACCUUCAACCCUCCAGGAGUCCCCCACCAGAUUCCCACCCACACGUCCAAAGUCCAAGAACCCCUCUGCAAUAGACAAGGAUAUAAAAAGCACAAAUGGACCAACAGGACCAACAGACCUCAGCUCGGGGCCACCACUGCUAAUGUGGGUCAUCUUUGGAGGUGUGAUCCUCCUUCUCGUCAUCAUCAUUUUGGUGGUGGUGCUCUGGAGGCGCCGGAGCCGUCAGCGUGACCGCGUGCCAGACAGCCAUCAGUCUGCCUCCGUGUCCCUCAACACUUUGUCUGUGGCUAAGCGGGACAGCAUCAGCAGCGAGAACAACGGCUCGGACCCCAGCGACGUGGUCUUCCCUCUGCGGGCGUCUGAAAGCAUGAUCUGUCGGCAUUAUGAGCGUGCGAGUGGGGACUAUGGGCCCCCUGUGUACAUAGUUCAGGAGAUCAUGCCCCAGACUCCCACCAACAUGUACUACAAGGUCUGAUGUUUGCUGCUCUAAUGCCAGACUCUGACUGAUGUUCCUAAACUAUCUGGGACACAAAGCAUUUCUAUUGCUUUAGAUUUAAAUUGUGUUGCACAGUAGGUGUGAAGAAAAGUCACAUGGGGAUCAUCCAUACAUCAGAUAGCAUUACUGCACUGCACAUACUUUUUCUUUUGUGAAGAGAGACAAUCAGAGUCAAAGUGUUGCGUCUCACACAUCAUCCAGCAAACGCCACAGGUAGGAUGUAACUUAAUAGCCCACUGUACAAUUUGGAGGUAAAAUUGUAAUCUUUACAGGGGGAAAUAUUGUGCUUUUCACCUUACUACAUAUACACGGCAGAUUUUACACACAAAAAAGAGAGAUCAUAAACUAUUGCAUCUUCAUUUAUUCAACUACCCAUCAGUAUGCUUUAUUUAAGUUCCACUUUGGCCAAACACAAGGUAACAAUAUAUUGGAAAUAAUAUAUAUAGUAACAUUCUCAUAUUACUUUUGAUCCGUUGAGUACAUUUAGCUGAUAAAAUGUACGUACAAAACAUAUGAAAAAUAAAUAAAAAUGAGGCCUUGUAAGAAAUUAAUCUACCUAAUAUUUAUACAAUUUGAGCAAAUUAUUAUUCAAUUAUUUGGUUAGUUUAAGUUGCCGCUAGCAGGAGAUACAGAAGUAUGCGCUGUCCAACCACCGGGCUACUGAGCAACUUCUUCCCUCCGUCUUUGAGACUCAGCAACUCAUCCUUUUUUUACAAACAAAAUAAUAAAUAAAAUGUUGUUCUUAUGUCAAAUUAAAGGAUAACAACUGCAUUCCUUUGUGCAACCCUGAGUUGUCAAAUGACCGUAAAUUAACUUUGAAAUUAGUCAGUGACUGUUGGAUAACUGAUCAUCUGUUGAUGUCAUGGUUUAAGAUGUUCAAAUGUGAUGCUUUGCUGCUUUUCUUUGUCUUAAAUGAAAGAAACAUUUUCAUGUCGGAACUGUUGGUUAAACAAGACAAGACGUUUGAAGAUAACACUUAAAACACUGGGUUAUUGUAAUCUUUUCUCACAAUUUUCUUACAAACCAACAUUUAAAUGGAUUAGAUCAAAUAACAAGUAGGUCAUCCAAAAUGAAAACAACAGUUUUUCACUCAUGAAAACUCAUUUCUCUCUACAUUGAACUCUUUCCUUUUUUAUUUUAAUACGAAAUUACGUUUUCCUGAUACAUUUUCUUUCAAAUGCUGAACAAUAACUUGUGAAUGAGUAUUUUUUUAAAGUGGUGACAUUUUUAUUUAAGUGAAACAUCUGAGGACCUCCUCCACAGUAUAAUUGUUUAUGUUUUUAUUAUUCAAGAUCAAUGAUUUUAUCCCUCACUGUCACUGCACAUGGCAGCUGCAAUUAAACAUAUGCUUUUUAUUUAAUUAUAUUGGUACAUUUGUAAAUGGAUUGGUCGUGCACUUUGUUCUAAA